CGCGCGGAGUUGAAGAAAACCAUCGCAGAUCUCUGUUCUCCAGCGCGCUGCCUGUCGACGUGCCGAUCGGACCGACCGAGUGUGCCAUCCUCCCCCAAAUACCAUCGAUCGACAGACUUGGUGGGUGCUGAUCAGGCGCGAAAGAAGAACCGGACCGAAAUAUCCGCACGUUCUGGUGCCCAACCCAACUUCGUCAAGAGCAAAUGAUCUCAAAGUGUUUCGCCCUGGCUUCGCGGGGCUCCGGCCCGGCUCAUUCCGCCGCGCUCGUUCGUCCCAGGAGGUCCAUGCUACCGCCCUUGGCAUGUGCCUACAGCUCUCAUGCAACACCCAAAGAGUCGGCGCAAGGCGCUCGGAAAAAGGUGACGCUGCAAGGGAUUCGAAAGCUGUACGAGUCCGGAAAACCCAUCACCAUGAUGACCGCCCACGACUAUCCUAGCGGCUUGAUCUGCGACCGGGCCGGACUGGACACUGUGCUGGUCGGAGAUUCGCUCGCCAUGGUUGCCCUCGGGCACGAUUCGACCAACAGGAUCGCGCUGGACGAAAUGAUCCACCAUGCCCAGGCUGUGGCUCGCGGAUGCAAGGCACCCUUUAUCAUUGGGGAUCUGCCCUUUGGCACCUACGAGCGCAACCCCGAGCAAGCCCUCGAUAGUGCAAUCCGGUUUGUCCGCGAGGGCAACGUCGAAGCCGUCAAGCUCGAAGGCGGCAAGGAAAUGACGCCGACCAUCAACAAGCUGGUCUCGGUCGGAAUUCCGGUCCUGGGACACAUUGGACUGACCCCGCAACGCUCGGUGUCGCUGAGUGGAUUCAAAGUCCAGGGCAAAACGGCCGACUCGGCAAAGCGGCUGCUCGAAGACGCCCUGACAGUCCAAGAGGCCGGCUGCUUUGCGAUGGUGCUCGAGGCUGUUCCGGCAUAUGUCGCCCAGGAGAUCACGAAGCGCCUCUCGAUUCCCACGAUUGGAAUCGGCGCAGGGCCAUUCUGCUCCGGACAAGUCCUGGUGUUCCAGGACAUAAUGGGUGUCUUUGAUGCCUUCCAGCCCAAGUUCUGCAAGCAGUAUGCCAGUCUCGGACCCGCGAUGACCAAGGCCUUGGAGGCGUAUCGAGAGGACGUUCGCAGCCGCACCUUCCCGGAUCUUCAGCAGCACUGUUACGACAUGGAUGAGACGGAACGACAGAAAUUUGAGGACUGGCUCAGCCUGGAGUCUCCUCCCCCACCACCACCACCGGCCAGCCAGACCCCGCCGCCACGAAGGAAGUGAUCCGCUCGAGAGGCACAAGCCUGCCCGGCCAUGGUGGCUUGGGUGCUGGAUACUGGGUGGAUACUGGGUGGAUGUGAUGGGAUACUGGGUGGAUGUUGGGUGGAUGGGAAAGGCAAGCCGCAGACGAAACCGCUGUGGACCGGAAUACACAUGUGCAAGUCGAGGUUUGCGGCGGAAUGCCACUGCAUCCCGUUCACACCCACGCCAGCCGCGCCACGCA